AUCAUAAAACUGCACAGUGCACAAAGAUCUUAUCAGCAAAAUCAGCAUGUGAACUUUAUCGUGCCACGAUGACUGUAUAACAUCACCGGUGAACAAUGGAGUAUGAUGAUAAUUUCGAUGAUUAUUAUGAUGAUGCCAACAUUUAUGAUGAAGAGGAUUUGGAGAAAAUGUUGGCAGGUUAUACAGACUUUGAUUACGGUGAUGAAAUGGAGUAUGCUCGGAUUUCUUUUAUGGAUCUGGCCGAGAAUUGUCUGUACCCUACCUUACAGCAAACAAUUCAUAUGUUGGCUCCGCUGUAUGUUUUGUGUAUCACAACUAGGAUUGUUUGUGUGGUGGGAUAUUCAGAUACAGAAGACCAUCCCCUUCCCCGGUGGUUACUUAAUAUCUGCAUUAGUCUAGGGGGGCUGUUAGCUCUCUACAUGUUUUUUGGUAACAACAUUGUCUAUCUGCUUGUCUGUGCUGUGUCUGUGUACGUAAUCCUGCUCGUUACAUCAUGGAAGCUUCAGAACAUAGCAGGAGUGACAGUGGCAGCUUAUAUCUUCCUUUUCAUUGUGAUAUGUGAGUUGUUUGUUGUGGAUGAAAAAAUCUGGCACAGUAUUAGAGGUGCACAGAUAAUGCUGUCUAUGAAACUUAUAGGCCUUGGUUUUGACAUCACAUCAGGAGUUACACCUCUGCCUGCCUUUACAGAUUACAUGGCCUACAUUUUUUGUGCUGGAAAUGUUAUCUUUGGGCCUUGGAUGUCAUUUCAAGACUUUAAAAGUAUCUACUCCACAAGUUUAUCAAAGUGCCUUGAUGUAGAUUGGAUGACUAAAGUGAUGAAAUCCAGUUUGUUUUCUGUGUUCUGUCUUUCCUUCUCGACGUGUUUUGGAUCCUGGAUCAUUCUAGACAGUAAUUACAAGUGGGUACGUGCUUACAGAGAUGCCCAAUCCUUCAGAUUCAGCCAUUAUUUUGUAUGUUUUGUCUCGGAGACCACCAUAGCUCUAUCUGGAAUUAACCCCAGUGAGAUCGACUAUGGUGUGACUGUCACGCGACCAUUAUACGUUGAAUUUCCAAGAUCUCUAGUUGAAGUCGUAACUAAUUGGAAUUUACCUAUGCAUAAUUGGUUGAAAAACUAUGUGUUCAAAACAGCCCGUCCAUAUGGGACAUUUUUAGCCGUCACUUUGACCUACGUAGCCAGCAGUCUGCUUCAUGGCCUUAAUUUUCAGUUAGCAGCAGUUCUAUUAUCACUGGGGUUCUAUUCCUAUGUUGAAAUGGUAUUUAGGAGGAAGUUGGCCCGGGUAUUUGAUGCCUGUUUGGAGGCGCGGUCCUGUAGAGAUAACUGUCCUCACACCUACAAACAAAACCAUCCGUUUGUGUGGAUUACAAACCUUUGUUUUGGAUGUGUAGCCGUCUUUCAUUUAGCGUACCUGGGUCUGAUGUUUGACAGCAGUGCUGAGGCUGAAAAGGGCUAUAACAUGUCCCAUACACUACAGAAAUGGUCCGAUCUCGGCUUCCUGAGUCACUGGGUCAUAUUGGGAACUUACAUAUUUCACUUAAUGGUGUAAUAAAGAGGCCUUCUGAAGCUUCCUAGAAGAUAAACAAUGUACAAAGAAAUUCAAAAUGUGCUAUCAUAAUGUGCAAUUUGAUACAUGCUUUAAUGCUGUUGUUGCAAUACCACCCCAGCCCUGUGGUGUUCAUUGUUUGCUAUGAUAUUUACAUGUUUUGCAUGGUGUAUACUGUAAAUGUAUUACAUUUAGUGGUGUAUUCUUUUUAACGAUUUUGGCGGAAAGCAGAGUCCACUAAUUCAAGUACAUCGCUAAAUGUCUUGUUUAUUAACUUUUAUAACCAGCAACUUCAGACAGCGCUAAAUCAAAUCUACCCUUAUUUGUUGAAAAAUGAAUUUCCGCCAAAUAUCGUACAAGCCAAAUGUAAUACAUUUACAGUAUUUGCACAUAUUUACAUAAGAAAAAUUAUUAAUGUUAGUUAUGGACUUAUGGUCAUAUCCUCUGUGUGAUUAGUGAAUAAUAUGAUGCUAGGUUUUAUUUUGAUAACAAGGUCAACAUUGAAUACAGUACUCUUGGGAAUCAAAAAAUUCAGAUAUCUUCAGCAAUGUUCUUUGAACCCCCAGUAUUAUAUUUUAUAUACAUCUUGAAUGGUUUUUGAAAUUGUUAGUUUGCAUUUUCUCCAAUUUGGAAAGAGUAGUCAUUUUUGUCAAGAUUGUGGGCAUUUGUACUAAUUAGUACAUCAUCUUGAUAUCAUUAUGAACUGUACUUUUGUUCAUCUAUAGUUUCUAUUUGACAAAUGUUAAAAUGAAAGGGUGUAUUUUACCCUUACUUAUAUUGUUUUAAUUAAUCCUAAAUCCAUAGAGUGUAUAGAGUACCAUGUAAAUGUAUUGAAGAGUUUUCUUUUUUGUGAAAGUUUUACAGAGUGAUGGUAAGAUAGAGAGCUAUAUAUAGAUACUGGUACAUGUAUGUGAAGGUCACUGUAACUUCUAUUACUAAGAAUAUGAAUGCCAUCUUGAGCCUAUAAAUCUGAUGGAGGACCUUUGUAGGAGAAGCUAUGUCCCCCUGUACUGUCUGUUACCACUACCAAUAACAUCUCUAUUGCGGUCUCUGUGAUGUAGUGAGGUAUUCUAUACAGUCCCUGACCUGUGUUGUUGUGGUGCUGUAUGGUCUGUAUGAGUUUUCCUGUGUCAGUGUAACAGUUUAUCUGGCCUGUCUCUGUAUCAUCAUUAUACAUUCCGACCAGCUGGUCUCCAGUGGAGGUGGAGCUGUAGACACUCCGUGGUCUCCAUGGUGAUGUGUUGUAUGGUAUCACUGUGGUCUUUACUUUAUCUGUAGACAGUUUAAUGAUGUUAUAGUUACUGUCUAUAUAAAUUAUAUCGCUUUCUUGUGUCACAGUGUGUACAUCAACACCAUAAUCACUUAAAUCUGUCACACGAUCUAGAAUAUCACCUUCUACGUUUGGUAAGAUGAGAUUGUUAAGUUCACAGAUCCAGACCCGGUCUGAUGUCACGUGGGUAAUGUGAUUACCCAGUCCAACACCAGUCACUCUGACAGAUUUCUGUAACACCAGUCUAUACAUUACUGACAUCAGACAUCUAUUUCUUCUUUUUCCUGUGGUUUCAAAAUCCUGUGUUGAUUUCCUUCAGUCAGGAAGGUCUCUCUGUAAAUUACAACAUUGUAUUAUAAUCUUUGACAGCAAUAACAAUCCUCUCUCUAUACUUAACUAUUGUAUCAUUGUCAGAUUCAAUGUUAUGGUUUUACAAAAAAAAAAUAGAAUUAAGACGCAAAUAUAAACAUAUCAUAUAAUAUAACAGUAAAACUCGGUUAUAAUGAAGUCACAGACUCUUUUUGGCUUCAGGUGACACUCUUUGCUUGGAAUAAGCAUUUGUUCUACAAAAUGGUUUUACAAAAAAAUAAAGAGAGUUAAGACGCAUAUAUAAACAUAUCAUAUAAUAUAACAGUAAAAUUCGGUUAUAAUGAAGUCACAGACUCUUUUUGGCUUCAGGUGACACUCUUUGCUUGGAAUAAGCAUUUGUUCUACAAAAUGGUUUUACAAAAAAAUUAAUAGAAUUAAGACGCAUAUAUAAACAUAUCGUAUAAUAUAACAGUAAAAUUCGGUUAUAAUGAAGUCACAGACUCUUUUUGGCUUCAGGUGACACUCUUUGCUUGGAAUAAGCAUUUGUUCUACAAAAUGGUUUUACAAAAAAAUAAAUAGAAUUAAGACGUAUAUAUAUAAACAUAUCAUAUAAUAUAACAGUAAAACUCGGUUAUAAUGAAGUCACAAACUCUUUUUGGCUUCAGGUGACACUCUUUGCUUGGAAUAAGCAUUUGUUCUCUUUUAACACAGAAAGAUGUUUUCUGACGUGAAUAUAUAACCAGAUUUUUAAAAUCAUGAUAUUGCCAAUCAUGUUGUAUAUUCAUCAUUUCCUGCUUUGUUGUUUGAUGGCAUCUUUUCUACAUUUGAAAGACUAAAAAGGGGUAUAUUUUUAUACAGUUAUUGACUGGGUAUGAGGGCAACAUAUAAUUUGUUGGACCUGAAGGUGAAAAUGUUGCCUGAGGCCGCAGACCAAGGGCAACAUUUUCACUUUCAGGUCCAACAAAUCAUAUGUUGCCCGAAUCCCAGUCUAUAACUGUUUUGUUAUACCCUUCACUGCUCACUUAAGAUUGAUCAAUUUAAUCAAUACACUCUAUAUUAUAUAAAUAUUGCAUGUAGUUGAGUGUAACAUUGAAAAUUUUCAGCCCAAGAAAACCAUUGUUAUAUAUAUAUUUUAUCACAAAAAUAAUUUAUCACAAAAAAACUCUUCCCUUCUUCCUUACCUUGCUGUUAGCAACAACUCUUGUAGCUCUUAAUUUACUUCGGCUAUUUUUGCGCCGCCGAUAUUGAACGAUGAUUAAUUACUUGCGACGUAACAGAUGAGUGACGUUGCGCUCUAACAGUUCUUAUGUAAGACCGGUCAAUAUAGUGAAAUUGUUAGACUGAUGUAAUGAACAGUUCUUUUGUUGGACUUUUUAUAAGUAAUAAAUAUAUAGAAUGAUAUUUAUAAGAGUAUAACAAUAUAUUAAAUACACAAGCUUGCAUUAGUCGUUGCAUAUUUAUCUCUGCCAAUAUUUAUAUAAUAUUGUAAAAUUAUUUAGGUUCAUUUGCAAGUUCAUGUCAUAAAGUAUAUGCAUAUAUUUUUCUGCAUGCAUGAAAAUGUAUUUUGAUAUCUUACAUUUAUCGCUCCAUAGUGGAGUUAAAACUGGGUAGUGUAAUUUGGGUUGUAAUAGUACUUAGUCUAGUCAAAAUAGUAUUUUAAUUUAAGAUUGUUGUGUAUUUAGUACUAUUUCCUUAUCAUAGUUUAUUAGUGCUCAACAAAUGUUACAUGUAGUCGUUCAACUUUCAUUUGUCUUAAUAAAAACAAUAAUCACAUAUAUAGUGGACAAGAUAUCAAAGUAUGAUGUUUAAGUUAAGCUUAUAUCCACUGAAUAUUUUCUCCUUUAUUUCUUAAGAAAACUUAUUGCGUUAAUCACUGCAUGAACUACAGUAGGCAUGUCGCCUGUACAGAUUUCUUGAUCAGUGGCUGUUCCAUCAAUGAAAUGUAUAAAGACGUUCGCAUCAUUAAUACAAUAAUUAAUCUUUUUAAUCCUACUUUAAAUGAUUAUUUAAACAGAUAUAAAUAUAAAAAAUAAAAUGUCUUUCUUUCUUUGUUAUUACUGGAAUAAACGGUCGUAUAGCUAUUGCAGAAAAAAUUUACAUAACCUGCAUAAGCGAGUUAUGUAUUUUUUCUGAAACAGCUGCUUCCGUUAAUUACAGUACUA